UUAGUAUGCGAAUUAGGACGCAGUGGUAUUACGCCCUGCGUUGCGCUUUAGCGCCUCCAGUGGUUGAGUCAUUACAGAAUCACUCGUCGGAGUUUUCGAGAUUUCUGGAAGCGCGAUUUUCACGGCUGAACAAAUCAACAGAUUUUUAAACAACCCAAACGUUUCUAAGAGCUUGCAAGGAUGUCAUAUGAAGGUUCAAGAAAAAAGCGUAAUUCCGGGUCGAAUGUCCAAGUUCCGCGAUGGGAGGAAAGUCAAGAUUUCUGCAAUCCUGACAAACUGCUGUUGUGUCCCUAUGACCCAAAUCAUCUGAUUCGGGCCUGUAGAUUCCCCUACCACCUUAUCAAAUGCAGAAAGAAUCACCCUGAAUUGGUCGGUGAAUUGUGGACAUGUCCGUUCAACGCACGGCACUUGAUGAAAAAACAUGAGCUGUCCCAUCACAUCUCAACCUGUUUGGACCGUUGCUCUGUUAAUGACACUUAUAUUGACAAUGGCAGGACUGAUAGCAAGUUUCAGAUCCCUGUGAGCACCUGGACUGCCCCUGCGAAUAAUGAAGACUGGGAUGAAGAGAUGGAGGAGCGUGCAAAAGUAGCAUCUUCUUUUGCCUGGGGUGUGUCUACAUCUCGGUUGCCUCAGGACAGGGAGAAACACAGCAAGUUGACCGCUGGGCUUAGGGCGCCAAGAAUUCUUCCCUGGACACUGGGCGAGCAGCUACAUUGAUUUGAGAGUAAUAUUGAGAUUAACACUGUACAAAUAGCAUUGAAUCCUGGUUGUUUAUUCUGUUGUUUUUGUAGGUCACUAGUGUUCCUGUGACAAAUGUGUCUAUUAGUUCAGUUUUCUAAGGGUGAAUCUGUUAAAGAUGUUCUUGGCUUAGCCGUACUUAACACAUAAAUAUAAAAGCUUACAGGCAGAAUAAUUGAAAGACUUUGUUUGAUUGUUUUGGUGUUGUCAUAGUUGCUUCUGUGCCUGUCAUUUUAGGUUUGACAUCUCAAAUUUUUUAAAUAAAUGUACCAGCCUUA